AUGUCUCUGACCUCUCGCGUUCUAUAUACUCCUACCACCAUCAAACUCUCUCCCUACCUACUACCCUCUUCUUCUGCUCUUUCUCCUCGAAAAUCCCAUUUUCUCUCUUCCAAUUCUACCACUCCAUCCUUCCGCCGCUUCACUCAUAUUACAAAGUCACCUUCCCCUCUAUUCGCCAGGGUAUUUUCGUCUUCCACCAAGACCGCCAUGGGGGACUCUCCUGAUGCUGGCAUGGACGCUGUCCAGAGACGCCUUAUGUUCGAGGAUGAAUGCAUUUUAGUGGAUGAGAAUGAUCGUGUUGUUGGUCACGACUCCAAAUAUAAUUGUCAUUUGUGGGAAAAUAUUUUGAAGGGGAAUGCUUUACACAGAGCUUUUAGUGUGUUUCUCUUGAACUCAAAAUAUGAGCUACUCCUUCAGCAACGCUCUGCGACGAAGGUAACCUUUCCCCUGGUCUGGACAAACACUUGCUGCAGCCAUCCUUUAUAUCGUGAAUCUGAGCUUACAGAUGAGGAUUCUCUUGGGGUGAGGAAUGCUGCACAGAGGAAGCUUUUUGAUGAGCUCGGUAUUCCCGCUGAAGAUUUGCCAGUUGAUCAGUUCAGUCCACUGGGGCGCAUAUUGUACAAGGCACCUUCUGAUGGAAAGUGGGGGGAGCAUGAACUUGAUUACCUGCUCUUCAUGGUUCGUGAUGUUGGUGUAAAUCCAAACCCUGAUGAGGUAGCUGAUAUCAAGUAUGUUAACCAGGAACAGUUGAAGGAGCUUCUGAGAAAAGCAGAUGCUGGUGAGGAAGGUUUGAAGUUGUCACCUUGGUUCAGACUAAUUGUGGACAACUUCUUGUUCAAGUGGUGGGACCAUGUCGAGAAAGGGACUCUAAAGGAAGUAGCUGACAUGAAAACAAUUCACAAGUUGACUUAA